AUGUCUACUGGAUCCCCAAGCAACUUGCAAACUAUAGCAGGGAGCGGCGCGCAAGGAGAUGGCCCUGUCCCCGAAGCCACUCUUGGAGGAAGCCGCAGCCCGUCCCCUGAGGAGCCCCCAGAGCUGCCAAGGGUCAGUGAGCUGCCCCCAGAGCUCCUCGCGCUACCUCUCGACGAUGACUCGGAGGAAUCCAAGUCUGAUGGAUCCGAGGGCUGGGUGAUGACGGGCCGCCCUCAACCUGUCCAACGGACUGCCGCCGUCCCGCCCUCAUCUGGGGUCGAAGGCAGUGCGGCAGCAGGGAGCAGCCCUAACGACGCCGGUGCCGCCGAAGAGAAGCCGUGCGAUUUCGACAACGACAGCGUCGAGUACUUGUGGUCGUCGGCCUCGACCCUGAACUGGGAUAACGGUCCGUUUGACUACGAGGUCCCGUUCGACCGGCCUCUGCUGCAUGAGAUGUACCAGUUUGAGGCCGAUCAUCCUCGCGCGGCUUCCCUCCUUCGGACGCUUAGGAGCCUCCCCAGGCGAGCGCAGCAGGUCGGCAGCGCUGCUACCACUGCCGCGUCAUCCGCAGUGCAGUCAGUCCAGGAUGGGACGGCACCGGGACAAGCUGCGCAGGCGGCGCGCUACAUCAUCCGCGAGGUCGGGCGGAUAGGUGAGGGCGCGGCAGAGGAGGCGCGGCAGAGGGGCCAGGAACUAUCUGAGGCGGUGGCCAGGCAAUGGCCGGAGUUGGUGGCUGCCCUGGGGAGCGGAUGGUUAGGACAGAUAGGAGACCUGGCCGGCGAAGGAGCAGAGUUGUUGCCGGGCCUCGAGCAGAAUCAUAGGCUGGCCAGGAGGGCGACUCGAUGA